ACGCCGCUCGUUCCGGGCAAAUGCCGGCUUUUCGACGGUCACUCAGUCAGUCGUUUCGAGACCCUCGAGUUAACCGGGUGGCAGCCGAUCGGUCUCGCAAAAUUCCAUCACCGUUUCCACAUACAAGGAAAAUCAACCGCGGUUUAAAUAGCCAACAUGUGCACCAGGCAGAUUCUGUUAAUCGCGACAAUCAUUCAGGUGGCCAUGUGCAACGCGUCGGACAUCAGGGACCUCUUCCCAGAAGUUAAGGAUAACCUCACCAAAGUCACGUGGGCACAUGCAGUGAAUAGUCAGAAGAAGCUCGACGACGCCCUCCAGUCAGACAUAAUGAUGCUGGAGGCCGAUGUCAUAGUGGGUACUUUGAACACCAGCGGUGUCAAUGCCACCGACAUACCGAUCAUGGGACAUCCCCCUGCGAAUGAGAGCGACCUGUCCCUAGAAGACUUCCUGAGGCAGGUCCUGAAGAACGGGAAGAAAGGAGUGAAGCUGGACUUCAAGUCGUACUCGGCAUUCAGCCAAAGUCAGCCCGUUAUCCAGGACCUCUUCGAAAACGCGACUCUUCCUCUAUGGAUCAACGCCGACAUCCUGGCAGGUCCUGUGAACGCCUCGAAGCCUGACGAACUUUUUGAGUCAUUUGUCAAGGACACGGUGCAGCACUUUCCAACCUCCACUUUAUCUCCGGGCUGGACCACCAGGUACGGAGAGGCGUACAAUAUUACCGACGGCCAGUACACGGAGGAACACGUGAAGGAGAUGCUGAAGUCCUUGUCGGAGGCUAAUGUCACCCAGUCGAUAACUUAUCCAGUCAGGGCAGGAUUGGCGGCGAAUAACGUGACCGCGAUGGAGAGUUUGCUGAAGGGAAGUCCUUUGGAGAGCAACGCCACGUUGACCAUUUGGUCGAGUGCCGGGGACCACGUCGAUAAGCAGAAACUAUCCUCGCUGAUAAAGACCAUCGGAGUCGACAAGGUGUACCUCGACGUUCCCAAGGAGGUCCUGGAUGGGCUGGACGUCUCCAACUCCACGGCGUCCGCGGCAGGGUCCUUGGCCUUGGGACUGACCCUGGUCAACCUGAUGGCAAUUCGGCUGCUCUGAGGUCCUUUCGACCGAGAAUGAACUACCGUCGUUAUUCGUCACUUCCGGCGGCUGCCGAUAAGACGAAACUACUUCCAAGGUUUCGGGAUAACCGUCCCCACAGGUUUUCCGGAAGUUCCUGGUCCUCGAGGUGGCUCGGAAGGGUCCUUCCUCCGAACCGGAAGGUCCUUCGGAUCGUCUGCUAAACGACGACGUCGGUGCACCGUCGCUUCCGUUUCCGGGGGAAAAGAACUCCCCCUAACUGUGGUUUUAUCAUUGAGUAUUAUUCCGUUUAUCAGACUGUCGACGACGACGUGAUUUUCAGAUGUUUCUUAGGUUAGGCGCAUCUUCCUCCUGAUCGUCCUGCGAGUUUUGUUGCACACCGCUUAGUGUUAAUUGGUUAGGUAUUUUCAUAAGUUUCCUAUAGACGAGACCCGCGAAAUUUUCAAUCCAAAAAAAAAAAAAUAAAAACCUUCCACUUUUUUUUUUCGACAAUUUAGUAUUGAUAAAGGGUACGUCCAGGUCCGGGACAGUUUUUCCUGCGAAUGGAACCUCUUAAAGGAGGCUUCUGAUUUUCCUGAUAAUUUAAUCGGAAGGAUUUUUUGAUAGAGGAUUGGGCAAGAUGGACUCUCGAUAAAUUGCGGAAAAAAGGGGUUUUCAUUUAGGACAUGAUAAAGAUUUAUUUUUUGGCGAAUGUAUUCACGCCGGCGCGUGGAUAUUUUUUCUUUUUUUUUUUUUUUAGGUCAGUCUGACGAAUAGUUGAUGAAAUAGAGAAUCCUUUGCAAUUUAUCGGAGGCUCAUUCUUGGCAAUUUGUAAAGUACAAGCUGCGAGCUGGCCACCCGAAGUGCUAAACAGACUUUGCAUGUUUCGCAACGGGUACUUGCACAUGCAUUAAUGGGAUUUUUACGGCGCGGUCGCGAGUGCAGAGUUCAUUACAGUAUAUGAAUAUACACAUAUAAAUAUAUAUAUAUUUUUAGUACGGCGAGAGAAACGACUCGCCCACGCGAGGUAGAUGAUUAAUUGCAUAGCGGCGUAAGUUAAUCUGAAUUCGAGACGUAAGGAUAUUUCUUAAGCCAAAGGAAUCCGUGUAGAUCACUAGAGAUGUCGCGCGAUGUUUGAUAAAGAAAUAAAAGCCUUAUCCAAAACGGUGGACGAAGCUUUUCGAGUCGAUUUUUUAAAAUGGGAAAUUAAGAAGUAGCUGCCAUUUCAAUCCCACGGCGAGAUAGCUUAUUAGGGUGACGAUGGAUUUACUAACAAUUAAGUUUUGUAUAUUUUACUUUUAUUUACUAGGGAUUUUUUUUUCACGCCCUAAUCGGAAACUUUUAUGAAUGGUGCCGUUCUUUUCUUCUCUAAGCUCGCCGCGUAGCCGUGUAAUCGGUAAUCAUCUGCGAACACGGGAUAUCACUUCCUUAAUUUUAAACAAUUCUUUCCACGGCGGCCUGGCCUACUGCAAAAUGCAAAUUUCGGUGCACGUUCUCGACGCCAUGAAAUCGGUAAAUGUCGUGUACCGUGCAAUUUCACUUGCUGCACUUUCGAGGCGCAAUGGUUUCCCUUGGCGGACUUCCAAUGGCGUGUCUUAUAUCGAAGCGAGAAUUUUGCAAUGAACAGUCUCUUUUAUUAUUGAACCGAAAUUAUUCACGUGGAGUCAUCGAGGAAAGCUUCCUGUAAUUUUUCCAGCGCACUGACUUGAAUUGUUUCACUAUUAAUUUAAUACAGAAGAUAAAUAUUAUCGGCUCUGUUGCUGAGAAAAAAAAUAUGUUUUACACUUAUCGUAAGCUAUCUUUGAAGAAUUGAAAAAAAUAAUUAUUUGCGUUUUCGGGAGAGAGAGAGAGAGUUUAAGUCGUGGGAUGGUAUCGUCAUUGUGGAGGGUCUUAUAUAAAUUGUUGGAAAAAAAAA